CCACCCAAAUCCCCUCAGCGCCUUCUCGAGCCGCCUCAGAACCCCCUGGGGCUCUCCCCGCUAAAUCGCCACAGAGCCACCUCAGACCCUCCUCAGGAAUGAAACCCCGAGAUGGAGGAAUGUAACUGGGAAACUCAGCCUAAUCCCUCCUGCUGAGAACUGCACCCCUGGUUACCCCACAGGAUUGACCGCUAUCCUCCUCUCCUCCUCUGGCAGGGCUUUGCACCCGCUCAGUCAUCUCCCCCGUCUCCCCUUCCUUAGCGUUGCUACUUCCAUAAGGAUAUAUUGUCUCGCUUAAGCACAGUUUUUAGAAAUUAGACCUCCUCUUCGAGAAACUAAAAAGAGAAGAAGCAGUCCAGCAGAUCUUAUUCAGGAAAAAUUCCCCAAACCCUUCCAGUCAGUGGGAGUUUCACACCAAGAAAGGCCACAAGAUGAGCACAAUGGCUUCAUUUCCUGUCUUGAAGCCAGAGACGUUGUUCCGGAAUGGUACCUGGAGCUAUCGAAUUCCAGCCCUGCUCUACCUGCCACGGUUCAGCAUCAUCCUGGCGUUCGCUGAGGAACGGGAGGAUGUGGUGGAUGAACAUGCCAAGCUAAUAGCAAUGCGCAGGGGCACGUAUGACCCAGCCACGCACCACGUGCAGUGGAGUAGCAUGGAGACCGUUGUCAGUGCGCAGCUGAAAGACCACCGAUCUAUGAACCCUUGUCCUGUUUAUGAUGAGGUCUCAAGGAAACUGAUCCUGUUCUUCAUAGCUGUCCCAGGAAAGAUCUCUGAGCAGCAUCAGCUCAGGACAAAGAUCAACCUGGUACGUCUCUGCUAUGUCACUAGCAUGGACCAAGGGCAGACCUGGAGUGCUGCCCAGGAUGUCACCAACAGUACCAUUAGCGCUGAGUACAAUAACUGGGCCACUUUUGCAGUGGGGCCAGGUCAUGGAUUACAAUUGCUCAACAAGGCCCGGAGCCUUGUGAUUCCUGCCUAUGCCUAUCGUAUCUUGCAUCCUAAACAACACCCCACCCCUCAUGCCUUCUGCUUCAUCAGCUCUGAUCAUGGGACAACGUGGAAGAUGGGGAACUUUGUCGGGGAGGAGAGCGCAGUGGAGUGCCAGGUCGCAGAGGUGCAUACCUGUGGCAGGAAGGUCCUCUACUGCAAUGCAAGGAGCAGCAGGGGAGCCAGAAUCCAGGCUGUCAGCUACAACCAUGGGGUGGACUUUGAGGGAGGCCAGCGGGUUGAAAUGCUGGUAGAACCUCCCUAUGGCUGUCACGGAAGUGUAACUGCCUUCCCACCUCCGCCUGGUGCCAUAUGCCAAGAUAGUUGGUUGCUCUACGCUCAUCCUACAGACCCAAAGGGUCGAAGAGAUUUGGGAGUUUACCUCAACAAAAGCCCUUUAAAUCCAGCACACUGGACAAAACCAAGCAUCCUCUUCAAGGGCCUGUGUGCCUAUUCGGAUCUGCAGUACAUGGGGGUUGGGCCAGAUGGCUCACCCUUGUUCUCCUGCCUCUUUGAAUAUGGGACCCACCAAGAAUGCGAAGAGAUAAUCUUUGUAAUGUUCACUUUGAAGCAAGCCUUUCCCUCAGAGUGCUGAGGCUCAAGCCUUUCCGUCAUCAACCCUCUGAAAACCACUUUUGCUGAUACUUCUUUGCACUGUCACUUCUCAUCUUUCAGCAAAAGGUUUUUUCUACUCCUCCUGCACUCUUAUUUUGGCGUUGGCUUGUGGCAUCUGUAGAUUGCAAAGUCUAUUAAACAUAGUAAAACCGAA